AUGUGGCCGCUACGGGUCUAUACCCGCAAUAAGCGGGCCGGCCAGAGGCUUAACCUAACUCCGACUCCGGACCUAAGCGCCCCCACGAAGGCAGAAGCCCCACCAGGCCCGGGCCUGAAGGGGAAACGCAAAGCAGCGCAGGGUUUGCCAAAGGUCGUGGAGAAAGCCGAACGCAGCCGGCGGGGCGGGAGCGGCUCUCGGCUUCUGAGCACUCAGUUAAGAGUUACAGGAGAGAAAAGCCUGAAAGAAAAUAGCACUAGUGAAGAGACCCAGGAUGAGAAGAGUCCUCCAUUGACUGAAUCAGUGACUGACCUUCAGGUUGACAGUAGUUCAUCAAAUAGUGAACUAGUAUCAGGACUAAGUUUGCAGCAUGAUAUUUCCAGUUCACUUCUGAGCUAUUCAGUCACAGACUCUUACACAGAAUGCAACAGUUUUGAAGAGAGUUUAAGUAGCUUCUCAUCACCUGAACUGUUCAGAGCGUCAGGCUAUUUAGAUCGGGAGUAUCCCAAGUUGGAAGAACGUAUGCAGUGCAGGAAUUCCACUCUUCUGGAUAGCAGUAAAGCAGUAGCAGUAGAGAAGGCACCACAGUUUUCAAACCUCUCUGCCAUUUUAGGUACUUCUUCAGAAGACUAUCAGAAAUGCUACAGAAAAACGGCGAUGACAUUAGCAGACCAAAAUCUUUUUCCAGAACCAAAGAGUACUUCAAAUUUAGAAUCAGAUAAUGCAGCUUGUGAAGUUUUACUUGCUGAGAAAACUUGCCCUCCAGCCCCUGAAAAAACAAAGAAAAAAAAAACAAAUCCCACUAUUCCUGAUAAGAAAAGGAGAGGCCUAUUAACAAGUACUCCAUCUUCACAGACAGGUGGUUUUGUGAUUGAUUUGUCCUCAGUCCAAAAAGCAUCUUUUGAAGAACUAUUUCCAAUUGUCAGCAAUUAUGUUAAUUCAAAUGAAAUUGUUCCUAUGUCAAGUUUACAAGAAGACUCUUCAUAUGAGAUUCCUUCAAAUACAUCAGAAAUAUGUUGCAUUAUUAGAGCAUCGCCAGGAACUAGACAAGUGAAAAUUAAAGGUGUUACUGUAAAAAAGAAGAAAUAUUCUCCUUGUAAAGGUAUUCCUCAAGAUAUUAUAAUAAAUACAAAUGGCAGGAUAUAACAGCUGUGGCUGAAUUUUAACUACUUUGAAGAUAUGAAUGUGAAGUAGAAGUCUAUGAAGCAGUAUGUUUGCCUGAAAUUAUAUGAAAUUCAAAAUUCAAAAUUCUCCAUUUAUUUGUGAUAUAUUGCCAUGUUGAAAUUCCAUUGAGGUUCUUGUCACUUAGUUUUAAUCAGUUAAGAAAA